ACCGUAAAAUCGAUUUGCAUGAAACUCAUACAUGUUAAAGUGUUUCAUAACAUACAUAUAUCCUCCAAGUUUCAAGACCCUAUGCUUUGUUGUUGCUAAAAAAAUCGGAUCGAAAGUUGACAAAACGUGAGUGCGUUACCUACGGACAAGCCGCUAAGCGGAAUAAAGCGCAAAUUUAGUCCGUGAAAAUGACAAAUUUUGCCCAAUGUUUCAAAAAGAAACCAUUUUGAAAAAGUCAACUUUGAUUAGAAAAUCAGUUCAUGGACGGGACUUGACUCAUGAGCCAAAGCUCGUAACUCAUAGGCACUCAUCAUAAAAACCCAUCCGCUCAGCCCACACCAUAGGUUUCGUUUCAGAAAUUUUGAGCAGCCAUCCUAUUCCACAAAUUUGAAUAUUUUGGAAUCGAUUCUGACCCGAAAACAAUUUUCGGAGUUCAAAAAACUCGAUCAUCAGUCAAGCUCAGACUAUUAAACGAAAUUAAACGAAAUUCCAGAAUUUCUGGAAUUGAUUUCGGUACGAAAUUCCAUGUGAUUCGUAGUUGUAUAAACUUUCGAAAUUCGUGACAGAAUCAGGUUAAUUCAUCAGAACAUAAUCUAAAUAGCUUCCCUCAAGAAACCGUAAUUCCAGCAUCAGAAGGAAUUCGGAGGAAUUCCACGCGGAAUUAGUUCCCGAAAUUCCGAGAACUCGAUAGAUUUCCUUUAGCGCUAUCAUGUGAAGUGGCAAUCGAAUCCGGGAAUUCCAAGUACUGACUCUGAAAUGUUCAACAUUACGGAACUGGGUGUAUUUUCAAAAUUCCCACUACACGAGCUGAGUUGGACUUAGCCUAGGCUAUCCGCAGUUGUGUUGUGAACUAUCAGUACGGGUUAAGUACGAAUAUGAAUGCUAAGGGUACGGGCAGGAUGAGAGUUUGAAUGAUAUGAGUAGGGCCGGGCGCGGCCAUCAAGAAGUGAGUGUGGGUAUGAAAAGUUGUGCCCAUGCAAUAUGCUAGAACUAAACCUACAGACUGGAUAUAACGUUUAUUUAUCUUAAAUCUGCGUCAGAUGUAUGCGUUCAGUUUUACUGUUUCUGUAGGGACACAAAAAUCAGUAGAAAAAGUAAGUUUAAGCGACGAAAAACUGAAAUUAUCUAUGUACACAUCGUCAGCUUCAAUGAUUGGCAAUAUGUUCUGAAAAAAAUAUGAAACACGCAAAAUGUUCAGCUCAAAGCUUUUCGCUCUUUUAUGUGAUCUUUUGCAAUACUAUAAGGAAACUUACAUAAACGGGACCGAUGACAACCAGUUUUGAUUCUUUGAAUUUUUACAUGUCAUGCACUUCUCAUGACUGUUGUGCAAUUUUAACGUGGACAAAACUUGCACGAUGAAUCGCUUCUUUUCUUAUUUUUCUUCAGUCACAAGCUAAUACAAAAAAAUGCAGAACAGAUUUCGUUUGUUGUAGUGAGUCAACAUAAAAGAAAAUUGUAUUCUUUUUAACGGCCUUGUAAAUGUUGAUGAUAAGUUAAAAACAAGAGAAAAAUAACAUAUUUUUUGAUGACCCUUAUCAAACCAUGAAAAUCUUCCCUCUCUCUCCUUCUUCUUUUAUUCCACAAGAUUGAUAAAAGUAACAGCCAUUAUGGUUGUGAGAUGGAUGUGGAAAAAUACCGAUUAAAAUUAUUAUUUUUUAAUUAUAUAUUCUCGAUGGAUUUUUGUUUGCAGCUUAUUGUUUGUUUGUAUGAUUUUUUUUUGCUCUUUUCAAAAGAUGCUUCUUUUCAUAGUCACAAUGACGAACACUGCAAUUUAAAAAGUUUUUCCCACUCUUUCGUUUGCAUUAGUAACAAAUAAGAAGUUGAAUGUAAUAUUGACUUAGGAAAAAAAAAAUUUUUAACCAGCUUUUUCAACAUAGAGUUACACAACAAAGGUCGUGAUUGUAUUUAUCAAUCUCGUGAAAAAAGAAGAAAGAAGAGAGAGUGCUUCCAUGGUUUGAUAAUGGCUAUUAUAAAACGCUAUUUUUCUCUUGCUUUUAACUUAUGACCAACAUUUAAAAGGCCGUUAAAAAGAAUAUCAAUUUCUUUUAUAUUUACACGCCGCAACAAACGAAAUCUGUUCACUCAUUUUUUUUUUGCAUUACCUUGUGGCUGAAGAAAAAUAAGAAAAGAAGCGAUUCAUUAUGUAAGUUUUGUCCAAGUUAAAAUUGCACAACACACAUGAAAGCGAUAGAAAUAAAAGUUAACAUCGUGGCUUUAAAUAGCAGAAAAAUUACAGUGACUGCAUUGGAAACUUCCGAAGGAGAGAAUGGGUUUUUGGUCCUACAACUCUAAGAGCACGAACUGUUUAUUGAGAAGAGAUUUACAAUUUACUGACAUUCGAGGUACUCUUAGAAUUUAGUUAGAAUGAGAAUAUGAGAAUUGUGAAAUAGUUAAACAAACACUUUACCUUUUGUAGCUAGGAUUCCUAUAGUCUUACUAAUUUUGUGAUCAGACAAAAAAGGUUCCAGUGGGGGGUAUGUAGUGAAUGAGAAGUUCGUUUAACGUUUCAUUUUUCUUAGUCACUAUAUCAGGUCUGUAGCAUUUCUAUUAUUGUUUUAGAAAUACCUUCCAUUACACUUUGCAAUGUCUAUGAUUAAUGUAUUUUUUAAACUCAAUAAUACCGAUAAACAACCAACACAAUUACCGACUAAUUUUACCUACGAAGAUUUUGUAAAAGCAAGUGAAGCACUAUAUGGUAAAAAUUGUUGUCAAACACUAUCAUUUAUCGCAAGUAAAAAAAAUCUGGCUGCGCAUGAUAAAGCACAGUUUAACGAAAGGAAAAAAUUUAUUAAAGAUCAGUGUCAUAUAUGGACAAUGCAACGAAUGCCUGGUGGUCUUGGUACUAACCAGUAG